AUGAUUACUUGCGACUGUAGCCUAAUCCAAGAUUUCCAUCUCAUCGACAAGCUAGCACAUUUUGAUCGCGAGAGAAUUCCAGAGCGCGUUGUUCAUGCAAAGGGCGCUGCGGCCCAUGGAUAUUUUCAAGUUACCUCGGCAGAAAUUUCAAAAUAUACACGUGCCAAGUUUUUGGAAAAGGUUGGCAAGAAAACCCCUGUUUUCGUGCGUUUCUCCACAGUCGGAGGAGAAAAGGGGUCCGGAGACACGGAGCGAGAUCCCAGAGGAUUUGCACUAAAGUUUUACACUGAAGAAGGGACCCAUCAAAGUUUCCAGGCAGGACGUUUGCCCUUACCAUUAGAUUUUAUCCACACGCAAAAGCGAAAUCCAAAAUCCAAUCUAAAGGAUCCAGACAUGUUUUGGGACUUCCUCAGUUUGGUCCCCGAGUCGAUUCAUCAAGUGACGAUUUUGUUUUCCACUAGAGGGACCCCUGAUGUAGAAUGUUACAAUGCUUACCAUUUUGUAAAGUUCCAUUUCAAGACGGAUCAAGGGAUUAAAAACCUCACCGCAGAACAGGCAACACAGCUUGUUGGGUGUGACCCUGAUUAUGCAACGAGAGAUCUUUUUAUGGCCAUUGAGAGGGGCGAAUAUCCGUCUUGGAGUGUAUUUGUGCAGAUUAUGAAGCCUGCCGAUGCUUUAAAGUACAGAUGGAAUAUUCUGGACGUGACCAAAGUAUGGCCUCAUAAAGACUAUCCCCUGGUGCCGAUCGGCAAAUUGGUUUUGAACAGAAACCCUGAAAAUUAUUUUGCUGAAACCGAGCAGGCAGCUUUUUCACCCAGCCACUUGGUGCCGGGUAUUGAACCUUCUGCCGACAAGAUGCUUCAGGGGCGGCUCUUUUCAUAUCCCGACACCCAUCGACACAGACUUGGGCCGAAUUACACCCAAAUCCCCGUUAAUAUACCCAUCAACUCAAAGUUAAAUCACAACCAGAGAGAUGGGUUUAUGGCGGUCAAUGGCAAUUUUGGAUCGCACCCAAAUUAUGAGCCAAAUUCUUUUGGGGGUCCGCAUCAGUUGGGCCCUCAGAUAGGCAUUUCUUAUACUCCAGAUGAACUGCAGGGGAGGAUCGCUCGUCACGUUAUGUCGUUAACGGACGAUGAUUUUGCACAGGCUGGAAACCUUUAUAGACUGAUGAGUGAGCAAGACAAGACCCAUCUGGUCAACAACAUUGCCGGCAAUCUUCAGAACGCAAAAAAAUUUAUUAGAGACCGCCAAUUGGCCCACUUCAAAAGAGCCGACCCGGAGUUUUUAAGGGAUUCCCUGGCAAGUAUUUCCAAGCUUUCUGGAGAAUCUGAUUCGUUGAAAGAACUCCUUGCAUUGCUUCCGACUCAGAUAAAAAAGGCCUCAAACAUUCUUAUUGAAGACAUUUUGGAUCAGUUGCUUAGGGCCUUGAUAUUGAUGCCGAGGUCUUUUUCACUCAAUAUUGAGCAAGACCAAGAUGUUGAACACUGCCUUUUGGUUUCAAAAAUCAUCGAAUGUGUCCAAAUUGCGGUUUCGCGUUCGCCCCUCUUAUCGAUGACUUUAGAUCUUAGUGACCGCCUAUUCAUCCUCAAUUUGCUAUCCUCUCUUCCCCGAUCAGAAGCGGUUGGUGUUUCUGACUAUGUGGGUUACGAACUCGCAUUUAAGGGCACGCGUCACCAUUCGGUUCCAAUUUUUGCAACUUAUUGCCACUUGGUACACUCUUUGGUGGCAAAGGCUUUGACAAAAAGUCUGAAUCGGGAUCUAGGGUGCAACUUUACCGUUGACAUUGAGGAUAUAUUCCUCGAUAAUGCUAUAAAAUCACUUGGCUACAUAUAUUCCUUCUCGACUUUAUCGCCGUACUUUAUGCAGAUUUCGGCGGGCCAUUGUGGGGUCUUUGAGGCACUGCUUCAAUCAAAACGAGUAAAAGGCUCCCUCGCUAUCAGGAAAAGAACAUACGCAAAUUUAGUUUUGUUUUUUGACACGCUUCUUUCCGUGCCCAUAUCGAUAAGACCAUCGCUUGGUCCUAUCAUUGGAAUCCUUAACAAGCAAUCCCAUGGUAAAUGA